AUUAAAGUAAUUGUAUUUUAUAAUGUUUACAUUAUUGGGUGAAGUAAAUUUAUGGAGCUUCGAUGACAAUAUUAACAUAAAAAGUACAGACUUUGGUGCAUUUCGGUAUCAUGAUAAGCGUGUUGAUAGUUUACAUGAAGAAGGGAAAAGAUCAUACAGUCAGAAGCGUGGUAUGAUAUAUGUACCAACAAAUAAAAAAGGAAAUAAAUUGAAAGAUUCUAUUAAAUAUUUAGAGGAUCAAUUAAAAGACAAUUCAAUUAUAUAUUGUCAAUGGUACGAUGAUUGUGUUUUACAGUUAAUGUUAAAUAAUGCUUUGUUAAUACAAAUACAAGUUAAUGUUGCUACUAGUGAUAUAUAUAAAAUAACCUUUGAUAAAUAUCUUGUUGGAAAACUUUCUGAAUAUAUAUCAGAUGUGUUAAUUACUAAAAAUUAUAUACUUUGUAUCUACAACGAUAAUCAAGUAAGCCUUCUACAUUUUACAAGAUCUAAGAAACAUGUUUUCGAUAAAAUUAAUAAACUUGAACCAAAAUUAUCUACAAUUGAUCUAUUUGGUCCAAACGGACGUAGAUCGGAUAAAAAAGUGCAAACUAAUAAGUGCAAUGACUUGAUACUAAUUUGGUGGAAAUCUACAAUGAACGAGGUGUACCCGUGGAGUCCGGCUGUGAAAGAGCACGAUCGUGCAAAUAUACAUCUUUAUCGUAUAAUAGGAUUAAAAUUAGAAUUAAUUUGUUAUAUACGUAGUGAGUUUGAUCCCUUAUGUAUAAUAUUUGACGCAUGUCAUGACAAUGUUAUCCAUUCGGUAGAACAAAAAGUAUCGAGAAAGGGUGAGGUGACUAUCGAGUGGAGAACAUAUGAAGUUUCCCAACAAGAUAAACUGCAAAGAAUAGCGGUAACCUCUGUGCCUUUACCUACACACACAAGUUGUAUAAAAUUUUCUCCUAAUCAGGAAUUAUUACUACUAUGUUGCAUAGAUGGUUCUGUAAUAAUUUAUGAUCAAAACAGAGCCACUACUACCAGUGUAAAAGCUGGCUUUAUACCAACAUUAGCAUCAUGGCAUAGUAAUGGAAUAAUAUUUAUUAUUGGGAACGAUAAGGGUCAAUUCCAGCAUUUUGAUAUUUCUUUGUCAUGUGUUAAAAGUCAGACGCUAAGCGAAGAUGUAACACCAGCCAAUAUUUUAGAUUUGUCAUCAUAUUUUAGAACACAACCAGCGUUACUGCGCAUGGAAUGGAAUAAAAGGAAUGACAUAAAUUGUUAUAUUGAUUGGCAUACUCAUGGAAAUUCUCUUCUACUAUUAAUUUUCCAACGAGGCCCUAUAGGUGUAAUAAAAUUAUUGGAAGGAGAUUCUCUGUCCGGUGAUGUGUUAGCUAAAAGAUAUUUAUCUUUAUAUCAAGUUGAACAAGCAACUUCUUUAUUGCUAUCUAUGAAUUGGGAUACUCAUCCUCGUGCAUGUAUGCAUACUCUGAAUCAAAUUUUGAAUCAUUUAUUUAAACUACCAUUAACAUCAGAACGUGAAAAUCUCAUACAAAAUGCUUUGGGUAGUUUCCAUGUACCAGUUAAACCAAUUAGUCAAGCUAUUGAAGAAGAAUAUGGAGAUGAAAUAAGAGAUCUGACAAGAAGAUUUUUUUAUCAUUUAUUACGAUACCAAAUGUUUGAAAAAGCCUUUAGGCUUGCCAUAGAUCUGAAUGAUCAUGAUCUUUUUAUGGAUAUACACUUUUAUGCAUUAGUUGUAAACGAUAUGGCAAUGGCUACUGCGGCAAAAGAAAAUGCUGAACGUAUACUAAGUAGAUCAAAUAGUUGCAAUAGCUCUCAUUCCACAUGCUCUAGAGCAUCGUGUUCACUGUGUUCUGAUUCAAUGAGUGAUAAAGAAGAAAAAUCUUACAGUGAUGAGAGUGAAAAUUCCUCUAAAGAAAAUCAGACUGAUGUAAAGCAUUCUAAAAGUUAUAGUUACAAGAAAGAAUCCAAAAGUCAGAUUCCACCUUUACCAAUUCUUGAUCCACAUAAUCUUAACAAAAACUUAUUACCUGCAUCGUUCUCUGAUGUUUCAUCUACUGAAAAUACUGACUGUAAUUUAGUAUCAACAUCUUUCAAUAUGCCUAAUGCUACAUCUUCUUAUAAUCACUCAUCUCACCUUUCACUUUUAAAUACCUUCUUUGCAACGACAUCGUUUAACAAACCUCUAUAUAAAACACAUGCAACACAUCCAACACAGACAUCUGCAAUAACUUCUACGAAUAGUAUAAAAUCGUUCAGUAAUAUUUCUGAUGAUUUAAUGACAACUUCAUUUGGAAGUUUGUCUGUCAAUGAACGAAAAAUUGUUGUACCUAAUCGACUCGCUGAUAAUUCAAUAGAUACUGCACAAAAUAAAUCUAUACUCGAUGAAAUACAGUAUUCUCUUGAUACUGUAUCUAAUAACGCAGUAUCGACUAAAUUAACGCAAGAAAAUAGCUUCAUGUCAACUCCUUUUAAUAAUCCAAUAUAUGAAACAGUUGCGUUAGAUGUUCCAUCUAGUUUAUUAAGAUCUUCAUUAGAUAACAUUGACAGCAAUAUCAUGUCAACAUCUUUUAGUACACUUGGUACAAAUAUUCCAAAUUCAUACGAUACUUCCUUUAAUAAUUUGAAGACUGGUGAAACUGACUCCACUGUAUCUUCAACUUCUAUAAAAAAUAUGAAAUCAUCAGUUACAAUGAAUGACUUUACAUCUAAAACACUUUCUGAUUCUUCCACAGCAAACAAAUUAAGUUCCAGUUUUCAUAGUAAUCACACUAAUCUCAUGUCAACUUCAUUCAAUUUUCUAGACAACGAAAUACAAGAUUCUCGUAGUAACACUGUGAAAAACAUCAACAAUGAUGAAAGUCACAAGACUAUGAAGUUACAGCAAUCUCUCGCAGAAAAGAAAUUGGGAGACAUUAAUAUCCCGCCUCCGCCACCUUCUUUAACAACUUCAUAUACCAGUUACUUUCAUAAUCUUCCGAAAAAAAAUCUUCCUCUAUCUAGAAGUACAUCUGGUUUAGCGGAUAUUGAUGAACCUAUUCAAACUUUUUCGCCUAUUAGAGCAAGAAAUAUUUCAACCCAUUUGCUUCAAAAACAAAAUUCUACAACUAACAUUUUACAAACUCAUUACAAACAUGGUAACGUUAAGCCUUCUAGAUAUAGACUCAAUUAUGACCUUGAUUACAUUUCAUUCCAUGGAAGUUGUGAUAAUAUACAUUCUUCUAGUAAUAAUACAAAACUUAAUACGUCGAAGUUCUCUUCUGCAUAUAGUACUCAAAAUAGAUUUGAUAAUAGACAUUCAAAAUUAAUAUUGCCACAAAAUAGUACAAACAUUAGUGUUAGUAAAGAAUCUAAGAUAUCUUCAAACAUACCACCACUGCCUAUUAUAUCAACUCCUACAUCUAGUUCUAUAUCCUGUUCCCCAUUUUCUACUUUCCCAGAUGCAACAUCAACAUCCACUGAAAAACCAAAGGUCAAGUUUUCAGAUACAGUAACUCAUAUAUUUGUACCUGAUACUGGUCAAUCGCAUAAACAAAAACGAUCUACAAUUACACAAGUGCAUCUAACUGAUCCAAAACGUGAAUUAGCAGAAAGCCUUCCACUGUGCCUUGGUAAUGAAGAUUAUUUGAAAGAUUUUCAACCGUUAUCAAAAGAUGAUAUAAGCGAUAAAGCAAAAGAACUUUCAAAAUCUGACGAUGGUUCAAAAAUAAAAGUUGUACACUUCGGACUUUUAUAAAUAGGGAGAAGAUGAUAUCAAAUUCAUGAAAGUAGAUAAGAAACUGUAUUUACAUAUAUUUUGUGUUUGUAAACACAUCUAUAUACCUAUUUUGUACAUAAUUUUUAUUAAAAAAACUUUUAAAAUUGCAUUAUUAUUAUCGUAUUGCAUAGAACAGAAUUGAAAUAUUUUAUUUCUAUGUAUGCAAAAUCUACUUUUCUUUAGGUUUGUUCAUUUCAGUUAAUUCAGAUUUCAAAUCAAGUAAAAGUUUGUCUGGUAUAUAACGCUUUUUCUGUAUCUGAGGAUCAUACACAUUUACAUUUAAAGAGACACCCAUAGGUAAAGAUGCUUCUAGUAUUCUAAUUAAAAUAGGGCAUUUUAUAGAAGUUAUAUUUGAUAAUAAUGUAUCCCUUUCAUAAAGUCUAAGAAUAUAUUCAGAAUCAAUUAUUGUGGAUUCCAUUUUGUAUUUUUGUACCUUAUGUUCUUGAUGUGGCAUAGCAAAACUGCAAAGAUAAAAAAAGAUACACAAUUGAAAUACAGAACAUUACAUGUAGAAAAAAAUAUAAGUACCUCUCAUCAACGUCAAUAUCCAAAUUAUUUGCAACUUUAGCAAU